GUAGAUACUUUUCAUACAAAAGGUUCAGUCUAUCAGUGACCAGUGACAACCACUAUUCUAUGGUGGAGAGGAAAGUCAAGACAAAAAUGAUUCAACCUCAUCUUCUGAAUCAUAUUUGCAUCCAUUUUUGAAAUCAGCUUAUCAAAACUGAUCAGGGGAGUUAAUUGAGAAAAACCCAGAACUUUGUUGGGGAAGUAUAAUCACGAUAAUGGAUGCUCCGUCGACCCUUUUCGUUUUUCUAAUGAUUCUUCUGACUUGGUGUUGUUUUUAUCUCCUCCGGUCGACAUCCAGCCGCCGGAAACUUCCUCCGGGGCCGAACCCACUUCCAAUUAUCGGCAACAUCUUUCAGCUCCGUGGGCUUUUCCAUGAAUCACUCACAAAACUCUCUUAUGAGUACGGACCUUUAAUGUCACUCAAGCUCGGAACUAGGACAGCAAUUGUUGUUUCCUCACCGGAAAUUGCCAAGGAAUUAUUUCAAAAGAACGAUCUCAAGUGCUCCUCCAGGUCGAUCCCAGAUGCACUAAAGGUGCUCGACCACCAUAAUCUCUCUGUUGUUUGGUUGCCGGUGACGGCGACCCGGUGGCGGGAUCUUCGCAAAUUGAUCAAAGAGAAGUUGUUUUCGGCCGAACGUCUCAAUUCCAAUGAAGGGCUCCGUCGAGAAAUGGUUCAGCAAUUAUGUGAUUAUGUUCAAGAAUGCUGCAGAAGUGGUCAAGCUGUGGAUAUUGGUGAGGCUGCCUUCACGACGUCUCUGAAUUUGAUAUCUAACACUGUUUGUUCUGUUGAUUUUGCCCGGCAUGAUUCGAAGAAUUCUCAAGUACUCAAGGAAAAUGUAUCGGAUCUGAUGAAAAACCUUACUGCCCCGAAUCUAGCGGACUUAUUUCCUCUCCUCGCGGUGGUGGAUCCGCAGGGUCUCAGGAGAAAAACCAAGCUUUGUCUGGGGAAAUUGCUCGAUUUUAUCGACGGUGUUAUGAUUGAAAGGUUGCGAGAAAGAGCCACAUCUGUCGAGUAUUUGAGGAAAAAUGACUUGUUGGAAACACUUCUUGAUCUUAUGGAGAGUAAUGAAACAGAAUUGAAGUACAAGGACAUCAGACAUUUGAUGUUGGAUUUGUUUGUUGCAGGAAGUGAAACCACGUCAACCACGACGGAAUGGGGGAUGGCAGAGCUAAUUCGCAAUCCGGAAAAGAUGUUAAGAGCUAGAGCAGAGAUCGAUGAAGUUAUUGGACAAUGUGAUGAACUAAUUCCAGAAUCAUCCAUCUCUAGGCUUCCUUAUUUGCAAGCCCUUGUUAAGGAGAUUUUCCGGCUUCACCCAGCCGGCGCUAUAGUUGCUCGCCAAGCUGAUGCCGACAUGGAGAUCAACCAAUACUUUGUUCCGAAAAAUGCCCAGUUGAUUUUAAAUGUGUCGGCUAUUGCCAGGGAUCCGAAGCUGUGGUCAAAUCCUGAUUCGUUCGAGCCGGAGAGGUUCUUGAACAGUGAGAUUGAUGUAAAAGGGAAGCAUUUUCAGCUCCUUACUUUUGGUGCCGGAAGAAGAAUUUGCCCUGGAUUGCCUCUAGCUCAUAGGAUGGUGCAUCUCAUGGUGGCUACUUUGAUUCAUAAAUUUGACUGGAAGCUUGAAGGUGGUCUUAAACCGGAGGACAUGGAUAUGAGUGAAAAGUCUGGACUAACGGUGCAGAAGGCCAUUCCGCUUAAAGCCAUUCCAGUUCUGACCAUGAUCUGAAUGCACUUUUUUUUUUUUUUUUUGGUUGGCAGCCGUAAUAUGCAUAAUGCUUUCCUAAUCAUAUCUUAAUACUAUGUUUAGUCUUGUUUCCUCGUUUUGAUUAGGUUUCAAAAGCAUCAAGUUUUGAUCGCAAUGUAUUCUGUAUCAAAAUGAAGACGUUGAUUGCGGUUGUGUACAGAAAAGAUGCAAAUUUUAAAUCAAAUGGACGAAAACAAACAGUUCUCAACCAGGGAUGAGACUAACUGGCUUAGAUUGGUCAAGAUUAUUACCUGGAUGCAUUUAUAUAGUCAUAAAUCAUAAUCCAUAACACAGUCUUAACUGGUUAUCCAAAAACAUAAUAAGGGGAAUAUUGAUUUUAAGUGAAGGAAAACCAACUGUUAUUUACCGUUGAUGAGAUCAACUGACUCAUGCUAAUCAAGAUUUAUUGAUAAUUGAGCAACUUGUAUUAAUUAAAUCAGUUGGUAGUCCAAAACUUUACUUACUUCAUUAAACUAAUC